AAUAAUUUGUUUUCGUCCCUUAUUUUCCCAGAAACCAAACAGUCUGCAAGUCGCUGGUGGUCUUGGUGUGCCCUGCUUCACCGCCUUCACGUAGCACCACCGUUUCUUGUCCUGUCUCGAUUCCUCGAGAGUCCCUUUUCUAGGGUUUCUUCCCAUCCAAUAAAGCGUCGUUCUCUCUCUCUCUCUCUCUCUCUCUCUGCCGAAUUCGCCGCAAUGAAGCUCACUGUUAAGACUCUCAAAGGCAGCCAUUUCGAAAUUAGGGUUCAGCCCACUGAUACAGUUAUGGCUGUCAAGAAAAAUAUUGAAGAUGUGCAAGGAAAGGACAAUUACCCAUGCGGGCAGCAACUAUUGAUCCACAAUGGGAAAGUAUUGAAAGAUGAGACUACACUGGCGGACAAUAAGGUCUCUGAAGAUGGUUUUCUUGUUGUAAUGCUUAGCAAGAGUAAAACAUCAGUUGGGAGCUCUUCUACCCAGCCGGCUGCUGCACCUACAAUUACACCUACAUCAAACUCAACUCCUGCAAUUGCAGUUCAAGCACCGGUCUCAAAGAGCACAUCUGCUUCUGAAACAGCAACAGCUACUGCACAAACUGAUACCUAUGGUCAAGCUGCUUCGAACUUAGUAGCUGAUAAUAAUCUUGACCAGAUGAUUCAACAAAUAAUGGAUAUAGGAGGUGGGAACUGGGAUAUAGAAACUGUUACUCGUGCACUUAGAGCAGCUUAUAACAAUCCAGAGCGAGCAGUGGAUUAUUUGUACUCUGGUAUUCCAGAAACAGUGGAAGUUGCUGUCCCAGUGGCUCAUUUCCCUGCAGGUCAGGCAACUGAAACAGGUGCAGCAGGAGCUCCACCUGGCUCUGGAGCACCCAAUACGUCUCCCCUGAAUAUGUUUCCUCAGGAGACACUUUCUGCUGGUGGUGGCGAUGGUGGUGAGGGACUUGGGUCCCUUGAUUUCCUUCGAAGUAAUCAACAGUUUCAAACACUGCGUUCGAUGGUUCAGGCAAAUCCACAAAUUUUACAGCCCAUGCUUCAGGAGCUAGGGAAGCAAAACCCUCAUUUACUAGGAAUAAUUCAAGAACAUCAUGCAGAAUUUCUUCAGUUAUUAAGUGAACCUCUUGAAGGGUCUGAAGGGGAAAUGUUUGAACAGGUCGACCAAGAGAUGCCUCAUGCUAUCAAUGUGACCCCUGCUGAACAGGAGGCUAUUGAAAGGCUUGAGGCAAUGGGAUUUGAUAGAGCCCUUGUCGUCGAGGCAUUUUUGGCUUGUGAUCGCAAUGAGGAAUUGGCUGCUAACUACCUGUUGGAAAAUGCUGGAGAUUUUGAGGAUUGAGCAGAGAACCUUAUUCGGUUGGAUUCAUGGAUUUUUUUUUGUCAAUUUAUUUAUUUUGUUUUUAUUUAUUUUAUUGUUAUUAUUAUUUGAUAGAUGGAUCCGUCUCUCCAUCGGCAUCUUUGGUAGUGUUUAAAUUGUUAACUUUGGUAAAUGAUUCUUUAAAAUGUUAUUUUGAAUUGUGUUAUGGCAGCUAAUAUUUGAUUGAGAUACAAAAA